AUGGCCCCCAUAUAUUUGGUGAUCGACUAUGUUCAGGAGACUGUAGAGACAUUCUGGGGAGCUCUUCCUCUGAAUAAUGUUUUCUUUCUUUCUUUCUUUCUUUCUAGGUACCAGUAUUACCUACAGGUGAAGAAGGAGCUAUUGGAUGGACGUCUCCACUGCACAGUAGAGCAGGGGAUCAGACUAGCAGGCCUAGCAGUACAAGCUGACUUUGGAGACUUCACUCAGUUCAUGUCUCAGGACUUCCUCAGGGAGUACGUGCUCUUCCCAGUGAACUGGCCUAAUGGAGACGAGGUGCUGGAGGAGUGGACCCAGAAAGUUGCUGAGGAGCACAAGAGUCACUGUCGAAUGCAGGCCGCUGAAGCAGAGCUGCUGUACAUCAAGGAGGUGGAGAAGCUGGACGGCUUUGGCCACGAGAGCUUUGCUGCCAAGGACAACUACACCAAUGAUAUUUUCAUCGGCGUCUCCUUCAUUGGGGUGUUUGUCAAACACAGAAAUGGCAGAUCCAUCAUGCUCCACAAGUGGAAGGACAUUGGUACCAUAGCACACAACAAGUCAGCCAUCACAGUGGAGAUAACAAGCAAAGACGACACCAUCAUUUUUCACAUGGAGGAUAUGGAAAUGGCCAAGUACAUCUCCCGUCUCUUCACGGCCAGACACAAAUUCUACAAACAGAACAAGAUCUGUGCGGAGCCCACUCACUCACCUGCACCAAUCCGAAGGAGACCCACAUGGACCCACCGCCUCUCUCUGUCGCGGCCCCAGUCCUGUAACUUCCAGUCGAUGCAUUCCCAGUAUGGAGAGCAUUAUCAGGACCCACAGAGCUCUCAAGACAGCAUCUUCCAUGACGACCCCUACUACAAGUCAGAAACGAGUCUGGACCGCUGCCCCUCGGACUAUCCUUUCCGAAAUGGUACCGUGCCCAAUGGAAGCAUGUACAGCAGCCCCAGCCUGAGCUCCCUCAACCACUCCCAGACCUUCGUCCCGCCCUCGCCGAUAUCCUCCAACCUCAGCAUCCCUGGCAGUGAGCUCAUGCGCCCCGACUACAUCCCCAGCCACCGCCACAGCGCCAUCAUUGCUCCGUCCUACCGGCCCACGCCUGAGUACGAUGCCGUCAUGAGGCAGAAGCGACGCAUGCCCCCCUCGCACCACGAUCUCCACAGCCAGUCGCUGCGCAGCUUGAACAUCAGUAACGCCUGUGCUUACCGCCAGCCUGAAGCUCUGGUGUACAGCCAGCCAGAGAUGAGGGAGAGGGGCCCCUAUCAUGGCCUGGGGCCCAGCCCUGGACCUUACACACCACAGAUCAGCUACAGUAAGCCAGUGUCCCAUGGCCCUCAUCAGGGAGGACCAGCCAAUAGCCAGGGCCCCUGUCACUCACCCUGUGUCAACGGUGGUGGAGGCGGUGGCGUAGGAAGCUCCAUCUCUCACACUGUCAGCACACCUGAGUUGGCAAACACCAAACAACAGGGCACCAAUGCGGGAAGCUAUGCAGCUACUGCCAACAUGCUGAGAAACCACAUGUCGCGACCUCCUCCACCUUACCCCUCCAGCUCCUUCCGCCCGGCCACCAGUACACCGGACCUCGCCAGCCACCGCCACCGCUGCAUCGGGGGCAGCAGUCCAGAGCUGGUCACCCGCAUGGUGCAGCUGUCGGUCAAGACCUUUCAGCCGGACAGCUCAGCUGUUGUGCACCAGUCCCUUCAGGAGGUUAGUGAACCGUUGACUGCAGUUGCUAAGCACCGCUCCACCUUGGGCAAGAGACACAGUAUGGAGGUGAUCAGCAGCAUGAGAGGCGGAGGGAUGGAGGGCUUGGUGAUGAAAAGCAUGAAUGCUCCGCUUCAUCGGAGGAAUACUCUUAGAGAACAUGUGAUGCCACCUCAGCCCCAAUCUAUGCCCCAGCCCCAAACCCCUCAGCCACAACCGCAGCCCCAGCCUCCACCUCAGCCUCAACCUCUGCAGACAAAGGAGCUGCCCAAGCAGAUACCUGCCCAGAAAGCACCUGAGGCUGCUCCACCUGUAGCGGUGGCCUACCAGCAUCAAAAGACUCUUUCUAAUGCUACAAUGCUUAUACACAGUAGUGAGAGUGAAGAAGAGGAGGAGGAGGAAGAAGAGAGGCCUGAGCUGGACAUUCAAAUCCCAGGCCUGAACGAAGACAUCAGCAUCAGCGCUCAGCUCCAGGCAGCUCUGGCCAAACUGCCCAACAAACCCCCUCCAGAGUACCCGGGUCCUCCCAGACCCCCCAGCAACUCUCAGAUCCGCAACCACGCCCACAAUCACAACCACACUCACCACCACAAUCAAGGACCACAGAACAACCAGGGAGCAAUGGACCCAAACCAAGCCCAGGGCCGAGCAUUCAAACCUGGGCCGAGCCAGGGCGGCGGCGGUGGUGGUCCUGGAGGAGGCUGUGGUGCAGUUGCUGGUGGGACACUGACCCGAGGGGACCAGGGUGGGGUGAAUGGAGCUGUUUUAGGUCCAUCCAUUUCUGAGCCGGACCUGACCAGUGUGAAGGAGCGGGUUAGGAAGGAGCCCGUCAAAGAGAGGCCAGUGUCAGAGAUGUUCUCCUUGGAAGACAGCAUCGUGGAGAGGGAAAUCGCUCAGAGGAUGAAUUGAAGAUAUCAGUGUGAAAUUUUGUUAUGAACUAUUUUUUAUGUUGACAAAAGAAAAAGAACUUGUACAUACAGAUACAGACCAAGUCAUUUAAUGUUGAUAUACCAUACACAUGUCAUAUACUAAGUAUUCAGACCCACAUAUUAACAUCCAUGUACGCCAAACUGCACAAGCGACCACAGACUUAAAUCCGUACAUAUGUACAUAGAAAGAGAAAUGUUUGAUCACACAUGCUUAGCUCACACGUGUUCAGCUACACACGGCAUCUAUUGCACUUCUGCCCAUCCUUGGAGAAAGAUCCUCACAUGUGGCUCUCUCUGAGGUUUCUACCUUCCCCCCAUUAGUAGAGUUUUAUUUGGGAGUUUUGUUGAGGGUUAAGGACAGAGGAUGUUGCACUUUGUUAAACAAACACGUGAUUUUAUAAAAUAACUAUUUAAUUUAAAUUGAUUUGUAAAAUAAGCAACUUGUUUAACGAUAAAAUAAAAUAACCCAACACACUGAUG